AUGAUUAAGACAACCUUGACAAGAUUUUCACCUCUUCUACUCCUUUUUCUUUGCUAUCUCAAUUCCUUUUCCUUUGCAGCCUCCGCCCCCUUUCUCGAUUGCCUGUCCAGCCGCAAAAUCCCACCACAGCAAUUGGCAAAUAUAACCUACACCCCAAAGAGCACAAACUACACAUCUGUUUUGCAAGAAUACAUUAGAAACAGCCGUUUCAACACUUCCACCACCCCCAAGCCCACUUUAAUCUUGACACCUUUCCUGGAGUCCCAAGUCCAAGACAUUGUAACAUGCGCCAAGAUUUCCGGAAUACAACUCAAAAUCCGAAGUGGAGGCCACGACUAUGAAGGCCUUUCAUAUACAUCAAAAUCAAAUAACCCCUUUAUCGUUCUUGAUUUGUUUAAUCUCAGAUCUAUUGAUAUUAACCUGGAGGACGAAACCGCCUGGGUUGAAGCUGGCGCCACACUUGGAGAACUCUAUUACUCAAUUUGGCAAAAGAGUAAAGUCCAUGCUUUCCCUGCUGGAGUUUGCACAACUCUUGGUAUUGGUGGACAUUUCAGUGGAGGUGGCUAUGGCAACUUGAUGCGGAAAUUUGGACUUUCUGUAGACAAUGUGGUUGAUGCAAAGAUCGUUGAUGCAAAUGGGAGGAUUUUGGACAGGAAAGCAAUGGGGGAAGAUCUUUUCUGGGCUAUCAGAGGAGGUGGUGCUGCCAGUUUUGGUGUUGUGCUGGCAUUCAAAAUCAACCUAAUACGUGUGCCCCCGGAGGUGACAGUUUUCCGGGUUACAAAAACCUUGGAAGAGAAUGCAACAGAUCUUGUUCAUCGUUGGCAAUACAUUGCGGACAAAUUUGACAAAGAUCUCUUUGUCAGGGUGUUCUUGCAGACGUAUGCUGGAGAAAAGAACAAAACGUCGGUCAGGGCGUCAUUUAUUGCGUUGUUCCUAGGUGAUGCCAAUAAAUUGGUGGCUCUUAUAAAAUCGGGCUUUCCUGAACUGGGAUUGAAGAAGGAGGAGUGCAAGGAGAUAAGCUGGAUUAGAUCGGUGUUAUAUUUUGCAGAUUAUCCCGAGGGGACUCCGGAAACUGCUUUGCUAGUCAGGAAAUCAGCGUUUCCCAGCGCCUCUAAGAUGAAGUCUGAUUACGUGAAAACUCCGAUCCCCAAGGAUGGAUUGCGGGAAGCACUGAAUAGAAUGGCGGCGUCUGGAAAUAUAUGGAUGCAGUUCAAUCCGUAUGGUGGAAGGAUGGGCGAAAUUCCAGAAGCGGAAAUCCCGUUCCCUCACAGGGCAGGAAAUAUAUUCAAAAUUCAGUACUUAGUAAUAUGGAAUGAAGCAGGAGGAGCCGCCGUGGAAAAAAGCAACAUAGAGAACCUCAGCAAGUUUUAUCAGUUUAUGACACCAUACGUGUCUAAGAAUCCAAGAGAAGCAUUUCUUAAUUAUAGAGACAUUAACAUUGGAAGUACGGACAACGGUGGGGAUGCCUAUGAGAAAGCAAAGGUUUAUGGAAUCAAGUAUUUCAAGGGCAAUUUUGAUCGAUUGGUGCAGGUGAAAACGAAGGUUGAUCCCACCAACUUGUUCAGGAAUGAGCAAAGCAUUCCUACUCUGAGGAAAUAAUUAAUAUGAUGAUCGGGUAAAACAUAACAUGUUUCUAAAUAAUAUUUUGUUGAACGUCGACCAUGCAACACUCUAUUUUAUCAUCAAUCUAAAAUCUCUUAAUUUUCCAGUUUUUCCAUUUUCUAGUCGACGAGAGCUAUAGUAUCAUUCAUUUGCCAUCCCCAGGACAGGAUGAUACAUAUAUAUCAUUCAUUUGCCAUCCCCAGGACAGGAUGAUACAUAUAUAUUUGGGCGCCGCACCGUACCCCUCCAUUAGCCAGAAGUUCAAUUUUUUAAUAUCA